UAUUUUGAAAUGUAAUAUUCGUGAGUGUAGCUGACCUUACCGCUACGUACUUCACAAAUACACAGAGCAAUUAAAUUAUUUCGUUUUUGAUACGCCUGUCGCCUUAGGGGUUUACGUAUGAGCACGCUACACAGCGAGUCACAAAUUUAAGAUGUGGAGGGUUGGAUCCAAUCACUUAGUUGGUCUAGUAUAGACGACAGUACCACUUAGCAGAAGCUGUAAUGCUGGACUGCAGUAGCUGUCUCGUUCUUUGGAGAUAUUAUGCUGUGCCAAAGCAGGACUCUCAAACUCUCAAACUAGAGUAGAAAUGGAUGAACAGACAGACAAACUGGGGACAUCGUAGAGACCUAUUUGAGACUAGUAAAUUUUACACCCAUAAUACACAUCUAGAGGCAUAGAUUGGUCAAGAUGUUUUCUGCUCUGAAGAAGCUUGUUGGUUCUGAGCCGGCUGGUCCAGUAAAGGACAAAAACAUCCCUGCUGGCCUGCAGUCAAUGAACCAGAGCCUGCAGAGAAGAUUCGCUAAAGGGGUUCAGUACAACAUGAAAAUAGUUAUUCGGGGAGAUAGAAACACUGGAAAAAGCACCCUGUGGCAUCGGCUGCAGGGUAAGAAGUUCCAGGAAGAGUACAUUCCCACUCAGGAGAUCCAGGUCACUAGUAUUCACUGGAAUUACAAAACUACUGAUGAUGUGGUGAAGGUAGAGGUUUGGGAUGUGGUUGAUAAAGGCCAAAAAAUCCCCCUUCCAGAAGGUGUAGGAAAGGGGAAAAAGAGAUGUGAAACCUUGAAGUUGGAGAAUGAACCUCAAGAGCAGACGGAGAGUGAACUGGCUUUGGAUGCUGAGUUUUUGGACGUGUACAAAAACUGCAAUUGUGUGAUCAUGAUGUUUGACAUCACCAAGCAGUGGACUUAUAAUUACAUUUUGCGGGAGUUGCCCAAGGUUCCCACUCAUGUGCCAGUGUGUGUACUUGGAAGUUACCGGGACAUGGGAGAACACAGAGUCAUUUUGUCUGAUGACGUGCGUGACUUCAUUGCUGGCCUUAACAGACCCCUUGGCUCCUCUUACAUUCAUUAUGCAGAAUCUUCCAUGAAGAACGGUUUUGGUUUAAAAUAUUUGCACAGAUUUUUCAACAUUCCAUUCUUGCAGCUUCAGAGAGAGACCCUGUUCCGACAGCUAGAGACUAAUCAGUUGGACAUCGAUGCCACGCUAGAGGAGCUAACAGUUCAGCAGGAGACAGAAGACCAGAAUUAUGAGAUUUUCCUGGAAAUGAAAGACUCUCAUAGUAAAGGCUACAGCUCUCCCGGCCCUGCUAACGGACAGAGCCCCUCUUCAGGCUCGCAGUCUCCCAUCGUUCCUCAGAGCGGAUACUCCACUAGCAGCUCCAGUCCUUGUAGCCCACAGCAGCCUCCCAAUCCCUCCCAGACCCUAAAGGCUCCAUCCCCCUCUCCGUCCCCUCCUCCUCCCCCUCUCUCCUCAACACAAGCGCCUGCGACCUCUCCUUCCCCUUCUCCUGCUCACCCCGGCCCGACGGUCUCUGCUCCAGCUCAGACUUCUGCCUCUGCUCCUCAAACCCAGAAACGCAGCUUCAUCUCCAGGCUCUUUGGCUCCGCUUCCACCCAGGAUCCUCCAGCAGUCGCCCAGGAGCCAGAUCCUGUAUCUGCAGCGGCUCCGGCUGCAGUUCAGAGCGUGGAUGAUUUUGUGCCAGACGACGGUCUAGACAAAAGCUUCUUGGAGGACAGUCUCCCUUCUAACCCAAAACCGGCUAUGAACACCCAGCCCUCUGCUGCGGGCCGUGCAGAUAGUGACAGUGAUGGAGAAGGAAAAGAGGGGAACCCCAUGGUCGCUGGGUUCCAGGAUGAUUUGGACCCUGAUGAUGCAGAACUUGAACCCAGAGCUUCUAUCCCCACUAAAGAAUUGGACCUCACUCUCUCCAGUGACGAGGAGGGUCCAAACCCUGCUGUAGCUCAGGAUGAAGCUCUGAACCCUGAACCUCACCUGGUGGAUAUGGAUUCGUUAUCACUGGAGGACAAACCAAAACCUAUCCACAAAGAGCCAUUGAUCCAGGCCCAGGAGAGUGUCAGCAGUCAGAACAUAGAGCCUUCCAUUCUUAGUCCAGAACACAAUACACAACCACUGCAGACAGCGGAAGCAGGAGCCCUGGCAGAUCCCCAAGCACAGGUUGUAAAACAGAAAGAAAAAUCGGCUCAGGCAGAGUCCUCUGACACAGACCCAGAUGAGCCCAUGGCCAAACAGAUGCUUUCAUUUGUCAUGGAUGACCCUGACUUUGAGAGCGAGGAGGAAGUAAUACAGAAAGUAGUUAAGGAAUCUUUCCCAGUUCGAGAUGAUAUUCCUGAUCUAUCCGAUGAUGACCUCACCUCAGCUAAAAUUCCUGAGCCCAUGAAACCUACUGUACUCUCCUUCAAAAGCAAGAAUGACAGUGACCUCUUUGGCCUAGGAAUUGAGGAAAAGUCAAUCAAAAGCAAAGACAGCAGUGAGGAACAAGAUGAAAAAGAAAGCAAACAUUCCAAGGAAAAGAAGAAAAAGAAAAAGAGGAGUAAAGAGGAUGAUGACAAAAGCAGCAAGAAGAAACACAAACACAAGAAAAAGGAAAGAGAUGAUGCAGGUGUGAACGCAGAUGAAAAGGAAACGAGAAAAAGAAAGUCACGAAGCAAGAAAACUGAUGAUCUUGAAGCUUUUCUGGCUGGAGGAGAAGACUCUGCAAAAAGAGAGGAGGGCGACUAUGAGGAACUGUAACGCCCUCUCUGCUAAAGAAAUGUUUGUGCAUUUGUACCACAAGCUUGAAAAAGUUCUCAUCAGAAACCACAAAAAACAAACGCUUUCUUUAACAGCCUAACACUCGAUGAUGUAUUGAUCUGACUGACAGGUUACAAAACGCUUCACACCAGUUUUCCAUUUGCUACGCACACUUGCCAAUCCGACCCUGAAGAGGUUGCGAUGGCUGGCGUAGUUUACACUCUUUGGGCUCAAACUGCAAUAAGUGGAAAAGCCAUGCAAAAUUGUUAUAACUUGCAUGUCAUUUGACCUUUUAUGUUUUUUUUGGAUUGAAAUGGACCAUUUUCACUCAUAACAUUGUGUUUUCUGAAUGUUUACAUGCUCGCUUUUAUAUGAUUGCAAUAUUUUUGUCAUCACAUAUGUGAACCACUACCACUCCAAUACAACAGGUUUCAUUAAUUUGAUUGCAUUAUUAGUUGCCUUGUUUGUGGAUGAAUUGGUAUUUAUGCUCAGUAGAUGUUCUGAGAGCUUGGCUUUGUGUAGUUUUGCUGUGUUUAGUGUUUGAAAUGAAUAUACUGUAUUUCAUGGUAGGAUUAAUUGGUUUUCCAAAAUAUAUCAAAAAAAAUAUUUUAGAAAUGUAAAAGAUUUUGGUCAAUAAAUGCACUCAUGUUAGGGGGUAGUUACGACAGCAGACAUAACUUCUCACACUCUUUAAAUCAGGAAAUGCCUUAAAGGAAACUAUGGUUAAACUUUUAGGUUUUUGUAGUUGUCUGUAAUUAAGCCCUUUUGAAUUUUUGCACUCCAUUGUUUUUGUCUACUUUAUUGUUUAAUGAUGGUAAAUUACAAGAAAAGAUCAUCUUGUCAACUG